AUAAGAAGUUAAUCUUGGUAAUCAAAAGAGACGCUUUAAACUAUUGAUUGAACUUUAGAUUUUAAAGAUAGUGACUUAUUUAUACAAAACAGUUUCUACUUUUGUACACAACUUUUUUCCUGUUUGUCAAAACUGGUGAUCAAAAUGUUUAGCAGGGCAGUUUGUUAUUUAUUUGUUUUUGUGAUUUGGAAUUGUAAAGGGGACGAUUCUCCCCAAAAAGGACGACAAGAUGUUUCAAGGUCUGCAAAUCUCCGUUGUGUAGAAUACAACCACGUUCUGCCAUCUGGGGGAUGUAUUGAAUUUUUUAACAACACAUAUGUUGCGGGGACAAGAGAAGAGAUCAUAACAAAAGAGGACCUUUUCGUUGGACUUUUUCGAGAGGGUUUGCCUGUUUACGAUUUUUUUUUUAAACAAGGACGUCAGAAUGACAUAACAAGGUAUGGAAAAUGUGGCAGAACUGCGAAAGCAAGAAAAGUAAUUCAAUCAACUUAUUUUCCAUCGACGAAAGAAUUAUUAGAAUGUGGACAGAAAAAGGUUUUUAGAGAACUUACGUGCCGGCACUGGAUUCCUGUUUGUGUGACACAUAAUGAGACACACCGUCGCAAAAGAUCUCCGAUGUGUCGAGAAACAUGUGAAAAGCUAGUAAAAAAUACACCUUGUGAAAAAGUGUUAAAUUUCUUCGCCGAAAUAAGAAAAUUGUUCUCAAUUUGCCCAGAUUUUAUUUCCACUCUUGCAGUAUCGAAACACAUUUUAGAUAUAGAAUCUUGUGAGGAUUUACGAUGGAAGAAUACAUCAGUUAUAGAAAGUUGUCAAGCUGUAACAUCAAAUGAUGUAUCUGUUAAGAAAUAUUCAACUUACUGUUAUCAUGGUAACGGUUUAUUUUAUAAUGGAAACGAAGAUAUUCCCGUAACCAGUAAAAAAUGUUUGCCUUGGAAUAUCAAUCCUUAUUUGAACAAAGAAUUAUAUCCAACUUUAAAAGAAAACCAUUGCAGAAAUCCUCAAGGUUUUAGACUUAAACCAUGGUGUUAUACAGAUACUGUCGGUUUCGCUUGGGAAUACUGUAACGUUAAGAAAUGCAAAACAACAACGGCAAGGCACAGUUUUAUGCAGAGGUACAAGUGGUAUUUAGUGAUAUUUUUAGCACUGCUUGUUUUGGGUCUUUCCGCUGUGCUGGUUGUUCGACGUCGCAUUCGCUUUAGAAAUGAAGAAGAAACACCGUUAGAACCCUACGCCAGUUGCGAAGCUUUGAAUUCGGAACACAUUCGGAAAGCGAAACUGUUUGCUUUACCAUCUCGUUUAUUAAAUGAAACGAACUACUCCGCCACAGAUACAACUCAUCCAUAGCAAAAAUUUAAAAGAUAUUUAUAGUCAUUGAGGCACUGGGUGUUUAUUUUUCAGAAAUUAUCAUGAGCGUGGGGCUUAUUGAAAGGGUCGAGUUAUUAGACGUGGGGCUUAAUAAAUUGUCAAUUUGCAAGGCAUUUAAGGAUACGGUAACCCCCUUCAGUGUCAUUUUUUUUUUAAAUAAAUAUUUUUUUUAAUUUUGAUUCUUUGGCAUAAUUUCCUGAUAUUUUUUAAAAAAGAAUCAAAAAUAUUUAUUGUUGAGAGUAAUAAAAUGAAGAAAAAUCUUCUUUAUCUUUUAGUGUUUUCAAUAGUGUGCUCAAAGUUUAAAAUUCCUUAAAUAUAUUUAAUCUUUAUAAUAAUUAAAGAGAGUUAUGCAGAACGAAUAAAAAUUGCAUCCCUACAUAUAACAUAGGAAACAUUUACACUUUAAUAAUUUAUAAAAAUAUAUUAUUAUUUAUCAUCUAUACCUUUUUAAUAAUUUUUUUUAUUUUUCUCGUUUUUAUCCUGUUAUGUUAUGUUAUCCUGGUGUCUGUUUAACAAUAACUAGACCCAAAAUUCUGUGAAAACACUUUGCCUUUAAUUUUAAAUAAAAUAUUCAUCAUUUAUUAAUUAUUUAUAACUUUAAGUGGGUGUAACCACGAUUCUUGCAGGUAAAAGCAAAGGUCUUUGAUUUGCUUUUUCUCGAAAUAAAAUUUUUAGUCGUAACGGUAUAUGUUUUUGUCGAACACUCCCCUCCAUCUUGUCGAAAUUGUACGAAAACAAGUUUGUUGCGACAAUUAUAUCUUUGGCUACAAAACUUUGCUUUUUUAACGCAGAAAGUGAGGAAAUAUCGAGUUAUUGAUCUAUCAUGCUUAAAAAUAGAUAAAUCUGUCAUAAAACAGCUAUUGUGACACAAAAUAUGCUAUGUUUUUGGAACCACGUGAUGUUUUGAGUAAAAAAGCAAAGUUUUUUAAAGCUGAAUAAGAGCUUCGCAAUGAUAUUUCUUUCAAUGAACAAAAAUUUUAUUGAGGGGAGUGUUCGACAAAAUGAAGUGGAAGGGUGAAUUUUUUUAUAUAACUUUUUUUCUACUUUUAUGAAAAUAUUUUAUCAUCAUUCUAGAGAUAAUUUAUUUGGCUUUCAGAAUAUAUAUAUUUGCUAGGGUUAAUAUAGCGAACAGAGGGGAUAUUUUAAAUAAACUAAGUAUGUGUCUCAGGGGGAGUACCGUAUCCUUAAAUACGUUUUCAAUGUCAAAAACAAUAACUUACUAAAAAUGUUUAUAUAUUGAAUGGAAAAUUCAAAACACAAUUAGAUCCAAAGUGGAUCUAAUAUUUUUUAAUUAAAAUGUUUUUCGGUCAGUAGCUGGGGUGUUUUUUAAGGUGGCGGUUUAUUUGUCAUAAAUCUUUUACAGAGGGUUAAUUUAUUAGAGGAGGGCGUGUUGGAAGGAAGAGGUUUAAUUUAAAGCAGUCGUACAUCGAUGGUUAGAUUGUGUAGACAUGAAGUAAUUAUAAUACUUGGUAGUGUAAAUCUUUAUAACUUUCUUAAAUGUAUUUCGUUUACGAGAAAAUUUUAUUCGUUCUUUGUAAGAUAGGAAACAAGA